AUGCCGGAUUUCGCAGUGUCUUCCGUGGAAGGAAGGACUUCGAUUUUAAAUCCCAGCCAGACACUAGAUGGCUGGCCAACACGAGAUCGCAGCCCAACGCCAUAUCGGAGACCAACACAAGAUCGGAGACCAACAAAAGAUCGCAACCUAACAUCAGAGUGUCGCCUCCAUGAUGGCUACACAUACAGUCAAGUCGGCAUCUGCUAUAAGCUGCACCACACCAAGAUCUCGUGGAUGGAAGCACGUGAAAAGUGUCGCGUGGAGGGUGGAGAUUUGAUUAAAGUCGACACCAUAAAGAGGCGCAAGGUUAUGGUAAGCGUUAUCGGAGGCGUUCUCAAAGGGUCAUCCAGCUCAUCCGGGUCACCCAGGUCAUACAGCUCAUCCAGGGCAUCCGGGCCAUCCAGGUCAUUCAGCUCAUCCAGGCCAUCCAGGCCAUCCAGGUCAUUCAGCUCAUCCAGGACAUCCAGGACAUCCGGGCCAUCCAGGUCAUUCAGCUCAUCCAGGACAUCCAGGACAUCCGGGCCAUCCAGGUCAUUCAGCUCAUCCAGGUCAACCAGGUCAACCAGGUCAUCUAGAUCAUCCAGGUCCAGCUAUUACAAAAGAAGCGGAUACUGUCGUAAGGAGGAGUUCUACAUCGGAGGUCAACGCAAUACUAAUACUGGACGUUGGGUAUGGGUGUUGGACAACACCAACAUUGCCAACUUCAUAAAGAACGACCCCAGGUCCAACUGCAUGGAACUUGAACCUGUAUGCGACAGCAACGAGGUGAUAAUGGACGAUACAAGCUGCCACUAUCAGCAUCAGAGGUUUUUCUGUGAGAUCGUUGUAGAGUAGAUUUGAUCGUCAA